AUGGGGGCUCCUUCCACGUCGGCAUCCAAUGCUAUCAUCUAUUGUACAUACGCAGUCUUCUUAGUCAUCGGCUGCUACAUCGCCUGGAGAUUGCGACACCAGUCGAAGACAGAAUGGCUGUCGAGUAACAGAACACAAAAGGGUCAGACAACCAAGCAUCGCGCUGACGUCUAUGUAGCAAUACCGCUUGCACUGAAUUUCAUAGCUGCGGGUGAUCCAACGACCUUGAGAAGUGCAGCGGCAGCAUCGGCAUUAUCACGUUCCGCUCGAUCUACACGAGAUUGCUCCAAGCAAAGCGGAAGGCUCCCAUUCAUGGGUUCGAGUCUUGGAUCUGGUAUUCUUACUACAUAUCCUCAGAUUGCCACGAUUGCAGGUGUGCAGGGUCUUGUCGUAUACGCGCUAUCGUCAGCUCUGCCGCUUCUGAUCUUCGGUGUACUUGGUCCUAUCAUUCGACGUAAAUGUCCCGAGGGCUUUGUACUCACCGAAUGGUGCAGACAACGAUACGGAUUCAUCGGUGGCCUGUUUUUGAGCAUUUGCACUCUCAUUACCAUGUUCCUAUACAUGGUUGCUGAGCUUUCGGCGGUGCAGCAAAUUGUAAACGUCUUGACAGGCUUGGAUGGGCUGCCAGUAGUCAUUGUCCAAUGCGCUGUUACAACAAUUUACACCGGUCUUGCGGGAUUCAAAGUCUCCUUCAUCACCGACAACAUUCAAGGUGGCAUGGUUUUGGGGCUGAUCAUCAUGGCUGUCAUCGCAGUCGGCGUUGAGACCAAGGUCGAGCACAGGUUGAUCGAGGAGUCUGGAUACCUCAAUGCCAGCCUUUUAGGUUGGCAACUCAUCUACAUCCUUCCUGUGGCAAUCUUGACGAACGAUUUCUUUCUUUCGGGAUUUUGGCUGCGAACUUUCGCUGCCAAGACCGACAAGGACCUUCGAAUCGGUGUUUCCAUUGCGAGCUUUGUUGUCUGCUGUAUCCUCGUUCUCGUCGGUGUAGGGGGCCUGUUGGCAGCCUGGUCUGGUGCUUGGAAGUUGAACGAUGCUGAGAACGGCUACCUCGCAUUCUUCUUCUUGCUUAACGAGCUGCCUGCCUGGGUUGUCGGUGUAGUGCUCGUCAUGGUCAUUGCUCUCUCUACAGCUGCAUUCGAUAGCUUCCAGAGUGCCAUCAUCAGCACUGCAAGCAACGACAUUUUCCGCAACAAGCUCAACAUCUGGGUCAUUAGAGGCCUCGUGGUUGCUCUGAUCGUUCCGACGGUUGUAGUUGCUCUCAAGAGUCCCGACAUUCUGCAGAUUUUCCUCAUCAGCGAUCUUGUUAGCGCCGCCGUUGUGCCAUGUCUCGUCUUUGGAUUGUCCGAGCGAUUCUACUGGUACCGUGGUUUCGAUUUCGUGAUUGGUGGCCUCGGAGGCAUCUUUACCGUCUUCCUGUUUGGCCUCGUCUACUACGACGGUAAUGUGGAUCUCGCGAGCAAGCUCCUCAUUUUGGAGAACGGCCUUUACGCCGGAGAUUGGAGUGCUUUUGGUGCUUUCGUCGCAGCCCCAGUCGGCGGUGUUCUUUGGGCCUUCGGAGCUGCAGGUGUUCGCAUCGGGUUCCUCUACGUCAUGUCUAGGGUCAAAGGCCACCGCUUCAGUGCUUUGGACCGGCCAAUCCCUCAACCCCGCACCGAAUCAGUAGAUGAGCAGGAAACCGAACGGGUCAUUGAGCAGAGCGAUUACUUUUACAAGAGCGGCAAGUUCUUCUAG